CUCAACAAUCUUCCACUACCAAAAACACACUCUUCAAACUCCUAGCAAACCCAAGAGAUAUGGCGCAUUACAAGAUGCACUUGUUUCUAGCUUGUCUGGUAAUACUUGCCUCGGUUACUUUGCAAGUAACUCAAGCAGCAGUCCAAUAUGAAGUAACUAACAAUGCAACCGGAACCCCAGGAGGUGACCGGUUCACUAGGGAGAUAGGUGUCGACUACAGCAAACAAACUUUAGCAUCAGCUUCAUCGUUCAUUUGGAGAAUAUUUGGACAAACCACUGAAGCAGACAGAAAAAAUGUACAAAGUAUUAAAAUGUUUGUGAGACCGAUAAGCCCUGUUGCUUAUGCUACUAGCACUAAUGAGAUUCAUGUGAAUUCGGAUUAUAUUGCUCGUUAUUCAGGUGAUGUCAAAACGGAGAUCACCGGGGUACUAUACCAUGAAGCCACUCACAUAUGGCAAUGGAGCGUAAAUGCAAACGGAGGUUUGAUUGAAGGGAUUGCGGAUUUUGUUAGGUUGAAAGCUAACUAUGCACCAUCACAUUGGGUGAAACCGGGUGCGGGUAACAGAUGGGAUCAGGGUUAUGAUGUUACGGCUCGUUUCUUGGACUACUGUAACAGUCUUAGGAGUGGGUUUGUUGCAGAUUUGAAUAAGAAGAUGAGGACUGGUUAUAGUGAUAACUACUUCUUUGAAUUGCUCGGGAAAACUGUUGAUCAACUUUGGAGUGAUUAUAAAGCAAAGUACCCCCAAUAAUUGUCGAUUAAAUAUGAUGUACAAGUGCAACUGCCAGUACUAAUAUUGAAAGAAAUAAAAGUAUAUUCCUUUA